GGACUGUUUGCUUUGGAUGGAAAUGUGACAUUGGUAGACAACGACGUGCAAGCUGGGAUGUGUGCUGCAGUGGUCGCGAGUACGCCAGCGGCUAGAGCGACUGUGAAUAGUGGUGGAGGUGAAGCAGGAAGAUUGGGACAAAAUUCGACCACCGUUUUGCCUGGAGGGUUAGAGAUGUCAUCAACCGCUUUAGCUGGGGUGUUGGCGGUGACCUCUACUGUGGGUAAUCUAGUGAGCGGAGAACCUGCUGCCUUUACUUCGAUAUAAAUGCCACGAUGACAUGAAAUUCUCUAGCCUAGGUAUACCCAUAGUAACACAGACUGGCGGUGGAGAAGGCGGUUUGGGCUCAGGCAUACCUCCUAUGCCACAGACUAGCGAUGGAGAAUGGAUUUCAACUGAAUUACUUUAUUCGACCAUAUUUCUCACUUCUCAGGAGGCUUUGCAAGAGGCUUCUGAACAAGCUUUUCUGCAGCCUUCUCAAGACUCACAACAACAAGCUGCGAUAACACAAGGUAGAACCACAGCAGAAGCUGGAAAUCAUGGUAGCCUUUCCACACGCGCUGUAUUCUCGACGAACAUGAAGCAAAGUUUGACUAUAAAGGGUCCUCCACAGAAUGUUUCUCCUGUCUAUAACCUGGUAAGGACAACCACCCAGGGGCUACAGGCCGUUCAGACCACUCUCCGAGGAGAGAGCGGAUUUCAGGGCAGUAUGUAUACUGGACAACAUGUCUACAUCACGGUUGUCUCGACAUACUAUUCUACUCUAACCUGUACACUGCAGCAUUGCCCUUCAACUAUUGGGUCUGUUCAGCAGUAUAUAGCCAUGCAUACUACGCCUAGCGGAGAAAUAGGAGGAGGUGUAGUCGGUGAGGACGCAAGAGGAGACACUGUUACAAUAGUGGAGACUUUUACAAUAACGACAACUUGUGCGUUACCACACGUUCCGACCACUCCUGGAAUUUAUGACGCGCUAUAUACAAACACUGCUAGGGUAAGUGCUGGAGCUGGGGAGGGCGAGAACGGCGAGGUAGGAGCGAUUUCACCUGCAGCGUCGCCGACACAAGAUCAAAACAGUGCUGGAGAAGAAACUUCGCAUACGGUACCAUCACCAACCCACAGUAUUGUGGUAGGGAGUUCGGGGUUAAAAUUUGAAUGGACUGGUUGGGGUCUGGGGCUUGGUUAUAUCUGGAGCUUGCUAUUUUGGCAUGCGUUUAUGUGAGGUAGAUGUGUGAAUGAGAUGCUUCGAAGAAUCCCGAUUACACAAUGACUGCGGUGGACCCCUCAAAUAUGCCACCGUUUUCUGACAUGCAUGUCUCCACACUGCGGCGCAGCACCUUGUAUAUAUCAACGAUAAUGCAUCAACAGUGACGAUGUUACGCUUUUCUCGAAUCCAGGCUUCCUCGAG